AGGGGUUGGGAACGUCUGAAGGCGAACCGACUGCAGGUCCACGCCAAAGCAUCCCAUGGCCCCUUGUUUACUAAGCCAGCCGAGUGUCGCGGAUGCACACAUAGGCAGGCGGUUACAGCUGCUCUGGGUUCUCAGCCUCACACCUUCCAGAGAACCGGAAGCCCUCUGCAGUCUCUAGUGUGGAGUUUGUGCAUUCGUGCGCAGGUGUCGCUUAGCUGUGAUAAACUACUCUGCUAAUUUCCUGUGUCUGUUGAAAUUAGCUGGAAGCUUGAAGAUUUAUAACAAAGCCCGGAAACCUGGCCGGCGUGCGGCAUAUCAUCCUCGUUCUUUCUGGAAAGGGGGGCGUUGGGAAAAGCACCAUCUCCACGGAGUUGGCCCUGGCUCUGCGCCACCAGGGCAAGAAGCGUCCUCCUCCUUGCAGGUGGGGAUCCUAGAUGUGGACCUGUGCGGUCCCAGCAUACCACACAUGCUCCGUGCACAAGGCAAGGCCGUGCACCAGUGUGACAAUGGCUGGGUGCCUGUCUUUGUGGAUCAAGAGCAGAGCAUCUCCCUUAUGUCUGUGGGCUUCCUGCUGGAAAACCCUGAUGAGGCUGUGGUGUGGAGAGGUCCCAAGAAACAUGCACUGAUAAAGCAGUUUGUGUCUGAUGUGGCCUGGGGGGAGCUGGACUAUCUGGUCGUGGACACACCUCCAGGGACUUCUGAUGAGCACAUGGCCACUGUGGAAGCCCUGCGCCCCCAUGGGCCCCUCGGGGCUCUUGUGGUCACCACACCACAGGCGGUGUCUGUUGGAGAUGUGAGGCGGGAGCUGACCUUCUGUAGGAAGACUGGGCUGAAGGUGAUCGGGGUCAUAGAGAACAUGAGCGGCUUUGCCUGCCCGCACUGCGCUGAGUGCACCAAUGUCUUCUCCAGCGGCGGUGGGGAGGAGCUGGCCCGGUUGACUGGAGUUCCCUUUUUAGGCUCGGUUCCCCUGGAUCCCCAGCUUACCAGGAGCUUGGAGGAGGGGUGUGACUUCAUCCAGGAAUUUCCCAAAAGCACUGCAUAUUCUGCACUUACGUCCAUAGCCCAGAAAGUUUUGCACGGGAUGCCUGCUCUGUGCUCCUGACAGCCUUGCAGCCUUCUGGUGCUGUGUGCCUAUAGGACCCUUGGGAGCAGAGGCCUCAGGACUGUCUUGGGACCUGUAGUUGUUGGCCUGGGCAAUGGCUGGUCUAUGCGAUUACAUCCAUGUGAAGAUCUUCUGCAGGCCCCAGUGCCAUUUGCUGACACUAGCUUCACAAAACUAGUCUAUAGCAGAGGGAUAUCUUUGGUUCUGGUUUCUUGAGAUAAUAGUAGCCUUAACCUUCAGCCUAUAUAGGUGUUAGUCCAGCCCUAGUCACUUCUGCCCCAGGUCAACAGGAUGCUUUGACAGUCACACCACACAGGAGCUGCCAGUGCUUUCUCCUCCUGACUGAGCCUGUGUGCCCACACAUGCUGUGCUGUGAGCCUUUUAUGACACAGUGUGGUUUACAGAACUCUGCUACUAAACAUAUAGCUCCAUCUUGUGAAGAACCCAGAACCCAAACCCUCUGUUCUCAGUGACAGGCUCUUGAUUCCCUACAUUUCAUGCCUGGAACAAGCAGUAUUAGGAAAGAUAUAAAGGGCCUGGAGAUGUGG